UGUCGUCGUCUCCUCAGCCCGUCGUCUAUCUCCUCAGCCGCGUCGUCGGCCUCGCCGCGGGGCCGUCAUGGCCGAGCCGGUCCCGGCCUACUCGCCCAGCUUCAAGAAGCCCGCGGACACGCUGAGGCUCCGCAGGAAGCGGCCCCGACCCACCGGCCGCCCCCACGCCGCCGCCACCGCCCCCUCGUCCUCCCCGUCCUCCUCCUCCUCCUCGUCGUCGUCGUCGUCGUCGUCGUCGUCGUCGUCGUCGUGGUGUCCGCCGGCCCCGGCCCGGGCCGCCGUGAGGAACCCCUUCGCCUGCCUCGACAACAACCGGCCCCGAAACCUGCACCCGCACGGCACGGAACAGACGAAUUCAGAUUCUAACCAAGAAAAUGAUUUUGACUGGGAAAAAGAGCUUUCAGAACGAAUACCUGUUAUAAAGCAAUUCAAGAAGCCUCCUGACUCACCCCUCUCCAAAUCUGAUGAUACUUUAUCCUCAAGAAGUGCAGAGCUUCCUGUAGACUGGAGUAUUAAAACUCGCCUCCUUUUCACCUCUUCCCAACCCUUCACCUGGGCAGAUCAUUUGAAAGCACAGGAAGAAGCUAGAGGAUUUGUCCAGCACUGUAGAGCAACAGAAAUUAGUUUGCCUCAUAGCAUACAGGACCCCAGGCUCUCCACCGAACUCCGCUGUGCCUUCCAACAGAGCCUCGUGUAUUGGAUCCACCCGUCGCUGCCCUGGAUGCAUUUGUUUCCACGGAUUGGGGCCGAUAGGAAAAUGGUUGGGAAGAACAGCCCUUGGUCCCAUGAUGAGACGGUGCAGCAAGUGCUAAUGAGCGAAUGGUCUAUCAGUUUCACUUCUCUCUAUAACCUGCUGAAGACAAAGCUUUGCCCCUAUUUUUAUGUGUGCACCUAUCAACUCACUGUGCUGUUCCGUGCUGCUGGGUUAGGAGGAAGUGAUGUGAUCACAGCUGUCAUGUCCCCCACUACCAGAGGUUUAAGAGAAGCUAUGAAGAAUGAAGGUAUUGAGUUUUCUUUGCCUUUAAUAAAAGAAAAUGGGCCCAGGAAGCAGAAGGCGCCCGAGACAAGCUUACAGACUACAGAUCGUAAAUCAGAACCAGAAGAGGAGCAAGCAAUAAGUGAUGAAGACGAGGAGGAAAGUUAUUCUUGGCUCGAAGAGAUCGGGGUACAAGAUAAAAUUAAGAAACCUGACCUGAUCUCUAUCAAGCUCCACAGAGAGAAACACGAGGUGCAAAUGGAUCACAAACCCGAGUCUGUCAUCCUGGUGAAAGGAAUGAACACUUUCCGGUUGUUGAACUUCUUAAUCAACUGUAAGAGCCUAGUAGCCUCUGCGGGUCCUCAGGCAGGACUCCCACCAACCCUGCUGUCCCCUGUUGCCUUCCGAGGAGCCACGCUGCAGAUGCUCAAGGCUCGAAGUAUAAAUGUGAAGAGACAAGUAGAUUCUGGUUUUAAAGAUCAGUUUAGUUUGGAGAUUACAGGCCCCGUCAUGCCUCAUUCUCUGCAUUUACUGACGAUGCUACUCAAAUCUGCACAGAAGGGCUCUUUCUCUGCCGGACUGUAUUCUCAUGAACCAACCAACGUAUUUAACAUCCAUACGCAGGAGGAGGAGAGCGUCUUAAAUAAGGAAACCCUUCACCGAGACCUCGCCGAGUGUGGACUACAUCCCAAAACCCUGGAUCAGUUGAUCCAGUCACCAGAGCUAGGAAAAUCCUCCAUCCGGCUCCUCCACGUGGAUGAUUACAACUACAGCUGGAGAGCCUGACGGGGACAGGGGAGGACUGAAGAACAUUUUAGCCUUCAGAGAAAUAAACAUGCUAAAACCUCAUUAGCGAGAUCCCACUGCCUUAUUCUUUAUUAAAGGUCUAUAAAACGUCCAGGUAAGUUCGGUUUCAGCGGCUGGGGGAAAAGAGGAGGGGACACCCCCCACCCUGUUCAGAGCAUUCAUUCAUUCAAUCGUAUUUGAGCGCUUACUGUGUGCAGAGCACUGUACUAAGCGUACAGCAUGUGCCCUUAGGUGGGAGCAGACGGGGUAAUGUAUCGAUUGGCAUAAAUAUCGAUAAAGGAUGAACGUGAGUCCUAAAUUUUUCCAGAGUUACAUGAAAUCGGCACCUCACGUCAGGUGCUGGUUCUCAUCAGGAACUCCAACCCAAUCGUGGUAACAGUUAUGCUUUCAAAAGAGGAAAUUGUUCAUUUACAUUUUGUUACGUUCCCUAUGUGAUGGAUUACAUUAAUUCCCCCCACCCACUGCCCUUGAAAGGUUACAUUCCCUAACAAACCCCUAUGUGAUGGAUUACAUUAAUUCCCCCCACCCACCGCCCUUGAAAGGUACCAGCUCUGUGUGAGGCACUGUUCUUGUAAAUGAAGUGUUGUUUUGUGUGUAUCUAUCGAGAGACGGGGUGUGUGUGUAUGUGCACGCACCACUUUUUACAAUAAAGGUGUAUUGUUUCGA